UCUGCGGUACGUUCACUCAUGCAGACGAUGAUUUUUUAAUACCACCCCCAGGCCUCACCUUCUUUCUCUCUGCGAAGGAAAAAAAAACUUUCAACUCAGAAUCGUGUGCCGCAAACUUCCGAGAUAUGGACGCGGAUGUGGAAGUAUAUUUCCAUUUCUUCUUCUUUACUGCACUAUUCAAUUCCCAUAGUGAAAUCAACUACCUCUGUCAAGGUUGAAUAUAAAAAAGCGAAAUAUCUGCUCGAUCGAAUCAGUUGGUCAUUAGAUCUCUUAGGAAUUUGGCCGACGAACAAGUCGUUAUCAGCACGACUCAAGUCCACUAUUUUCAUGUCGUGGUAUGCAGUCCACAUCUGCAUUCAGUUCCUAGAUUUUUUUAAUGUCAUUGGCAGCUUAGAGUUGGUUAUAGCAAAUCUCGUCGAAUCGACAUUUCAACCAAUGGUACUGAUCAGACUCUUCACUAUUCGCCGGAGUAAAUUGACACUUCGAAUUAUCGAAGCGAUCGACGAGGAUAUGGCAAUCGAGAACUUCAGGAGUCGCGAGGAGAUCAGAAUCAUCAGUGAAUAUACGGUAAAGGCGGACAGGUUUUAUCGAUUGGCAGGGAAAAUGGCACUCUCCGUUGCUAUUGCCUAUUAUGUGACACCGAUGCAGAUUUAUCUUAUGAAACGUGCUAUGCAUCGUGAGGCAGUGCUGAUAAAUCCGUAUAGGAUUUAUCAUUUUGUCAAUAUAUCAUCUGUCAAGAGAACUAUUAUAGUCUACAUCUGCCAGUGUCCCAUGAUGUACGCAGCCGCAUCCCUGAUCAUAACUUACGCUGUCAUUUUCGGAUUCGUCAUGAAUUUUUGCGGUCAACUUGCUAUUCUCACCCACAGAAUUUCGAAUAUGAAGAAUGACCGGACAGAUCCUCGAAUAUUUUUUCGUCAUCACGCCCAACAACACAUCAAAAUCAGUGUGAUGAUGCAGUGGCUCAACGACUCGUUUCGUGUGGCCCUUCUGUACGAUCGCUUGGCCAGCACCAUUUUGAUAGGACUCAUUUGCUAUAAACUAUUAGUGGACAGCGAUGACACCAAUAUAUUUAAAGUUUUUCAAUUAGGAAAUUAUAUUAUCUAUAUGACACUACUGGUGUACCUCAAUUGCUUCAUGGGGGAAUGCUUGGAUACAGAGUGUACAGCCCUCCGGAACGCAUACUAUGAGUGCGAAUGGUACGACAUGACACAUUUCCAGAAGAAAGCUUUGAUUAUAUGCAUGGGAACGUGUCAAGAACCGAUUCGAUUGACGGCUGCGAAGUACUACAUAUUUACGUUGGAAGGUUUUUCCCAGGUGAGGAUUCCAACGAGCCCUUCAACAUCACCACCAAAGCAGCCGCAUGGAAAAAUUGCCAAAAACAACAAUGAAAGCGUCAAUGGUGUAUGUGUCAAUGCUGCGGAAACUUCUUUAGUAUUACCUCAAUCCAAUUGUUUGUUUUAUAAAAAUGUGAUCGCUACCGGGUCCUGUGGGCCAGCCAACGCGCCUCGAGAGGCCCUUGAGCCAGUUCUUGAGUCAAGAGUCUCGAGCCUGUGGCGAGCUAGAGCUACAUCAGCUCAAAAUGGAUUUCGGUGUGGAGUCUUGCUCGAGUCGGAGGGGCUCGAAACAGCGCAUCAUGAAAAUUCUUCAACAAUUCUGGUUUCCUCGAGUUGUUUCGAGUUUCGAUGCCAGCGAUGGACUGCCCGGCUUCGACUCUCUAAACUCCCAGUAAAACCAAAAAUUCAUGAAUUUAUGAUGCAAUCUGCGUGGAAGAAACGCGUCGCGAAUUCAGGAGGAAUGGACGUGGCCAUCGAAGUUGAAUUUGAAAGUGUGAAAUAUCUGCUGGAUCGAAUCAGUUGGCCCCUAGACGUCUUAGGACUUUGGCCAAAAAAUACCUCAUCAUCAGCACAACUGAAAUCCAAACUUUUCAUAACAUAUCUGGCCAUUCACCUCUUCAUGCAAUUUCUCGAUCUCGCGAAUGUCAUUGGAAGUCUAGAUUUGGUGGUACUGAACCUAACGGAAUCGGCAUUUCAAUUGAUGGCGAUGAUUAGAAUUCUCAUAAUUCGUCUUAACGAUAUAACACGUCGGAUUAUAGACGGAAUCGAGGAGGAUUUGGUCAUCGAGAAUUUUAAGGAUCUCCAGGAGAUAAGGAUUCUUCAGGGAUACUCAUCAAUCGCUGACAAGUUCUACAAGAAUGCCGGCAAAGUGGCGGCUGUCACUGCUUUUAUAUAUUACAUCACACCAUUGCAGAUUUAUCUCGUAUCACGAAUUAUGAAUGGUACAGCAGUCCUGGUGACUCCCUACAGAAUUUACCAUUUCAUCGAUCUGUCAUCGAUCAAGAGAACUGCCAUCGUUUACGCCUGUCAAUUUCCAAUGAUGUACACAGGCGUAUCUUUCGUGAUAUCCUACGGUGUUUUAUUGGCAUUUGUCAUGAAUUUUUGUGGUCAACUUGCCAUUCUCACUCACAGAAUCACAACCAUGAAGGACGACCAUCCAGAUCCCCGGAUGGUUUUCCAUCGCCAUACCCAGCGGCAAAUAAAAAUCUUUAGGAUGGCGCAAUGGGUCAACGAUGCCUUUCACCCAGCCCUGCUGUACGACCUUUUUGCUACAACAGUUCUGAUAGGACUCGUAAUCUACCAAUUUCUGGUGCAUAUAAAUGACGCUGAAGUAUUUGGCAUAAUUCAACUGGCAACGUACAUCCUCUACAUGACAAUGCUGGUGUACACCAAUUGCUUCAUGGGAGAGUGUCUGCAUACAGAGUGUGCUGCACUUCUGAAUGCGUAUUAUGAAUGCAAUUGGUACGAGAUGUCGGAUUUCUACAAGAAAUCAUUGAUUAUCUGUAUGGAAACGACUCAGAAUCCGAUUCAUUUAACGGCAGGAAAGUUCUACAUAUUUUCACUGGAAAGUUUUGCGCAGAUAAUGAAAUCAUCGAUGGUAGCACUGUCGACACCACAAGCUGCUCACGACUGGCUCGUGUGGACCAGUAAUUCGUCUCGAGAACCCUUGAGCUCACCUUUGGCUCAAAAGUCUCGAAUCUUCGGCGUAAGUUCGUUCAAACGAGUCUUCAUCUACGACUCAGAGAUCGCAUGCUCUCGAUCGCGAAUAAACCACCGCUCGAGGGACAAAACUAGACGAUUCGAGCAUCAGAAUAUGUCUCAAAUGUUCAAAAUUAUUGAGCGCAUUGCGGCGAUUGUCAUUCGGAAUAAUUGAAUCGGCAUUUCAACUGAUGGCGAUGAUCAGAAUCCUCGUGAUUCGUCACAACUAUACAACACGUCGAAUCAUAGACGCAAUCGAGGAGGAUUUGUUUAUCGAGAAUUUCAAG